AGCCAGUAGGAAGCAUAGAACAGUGCUGUCCGACAGCUUGUAGCCAAAGUACCAGUGUCCCGCCCUAGCCACAAGGGCCACGACCACGAGGACCUACCAUACCCGUCCGCCCACACAAGUAUACGACAAGACCUGCCUCCUACGCCCUCUAAGGGGAUCGAAGUAUCGAAGUUAUGCAUCUGCUGAUGGUGUUGCUGUUAACGUCGGUGGCCCAAGGACUAGAGCCCCACAAGCGGCCAUUGGACUGUGAAGUCAGACGCCUGUCUGAUGGAUGGACUGAGUUACUCCUCCACGACACACUCUUAAUCAGCUUCUUCAACAUCACUUCUGUCUGUGAAAUUAAUCUUACCAUCAUUUCCCAAACCUCCGGUAACUGCAUAUUUACCGACUGGUGGUUCAAAGGGUUGUUAAGGUCCAAUCUAACCUGCGAGGGUUUAACAUUCCCUGUUAUUAACAGAGCCAAGAAUGUUAUCUGGAGAGAUAUAUUUGUGGACACGACGUCAGGCGGACACAAUGCACUCGAGAUAAUGUUGUCGGAUUCAAUGAAUUCUGUCCAGACAGUUCAACGUAUUCUUCAGUCCCCGUUCUUCGUAAACCUGUCCAUCAGCGGUGGAGCAGAUAUCGUUCUCAAUUGUCCUAAUGCAGGGUGUCUGAAGGCUCACCACAAGCUCUUCCCCAAGACUGAGAGUAGAUUCUCCUCCUUCUUCGUCUAUCCUGGAGUCAACUUCGAUGGAAUUGAGAUCACUACAGAGCCUCGAUCGUAUACCACAAUAUUACCCUCAUCACACUUCAGCCAGUCUGUAUGGAGCCAAGUCUACGUCACUUAUUCACAGUCUCUUCUAAAGGUGCGAGUGAAUGGCAGACUUGCCCAGAAGAAACUAGUAAGUGGCUCCAGCUUCUCUAUUCGAGGCUUCCGGGUGCUGGGUGAUGGUGAAAUAAAAUGGUGUGAGUCUGAUGAACCUGUCGGGGUUCUAGGAGAGCCUUUGAUUGCACUAGCUUGGUGCUUGACGUCUGUGGAGCUGCUGCUUCUAUUUCUCACCAUCGCUUUCGUCUGCGUCUACAGGAGGAAGUUGAUCUCAGUCAUAAGACACCGUGAAGGCGCCUCAGUGUGGCGAUCCAGAGGGAAAACGCCUGCUGAGUCCUCGGUUACUGUUCGGAAGAGAAGGAGUUUCAAGAGAUCCAUAACCUUUAAGCACUCAUUGUAUUAACUAAUGUACAUCUUGUAACCUUUAAGUAUCUAAUAAAACAGAACAAAAGAUAAAAGGAAGGGGGUGGUAGGAGAAAAGCACACAGAAACUGUGUUGGAGGGGACCUAAACAUUCCCUCUAAUGCGUUAUGUGUGGUUAUAUAUAUAUAUAUAUAUAUAUA